UCUGAAGAGGAGAAGAUUGCUUUUGUGGACUGGAUCAACUACCAGUUGAAGGAAGAUCCUGACAUCAAAUCAUACUUCCCACUGCCCAAUGUGGGCAGAGCUAUCUUUGGUGCUGUGCAGGACGGCAUCAUCCUAUGCAAACUCAUCAACAAAUCAGUUCCAAACACUGUUGACGAGAGAGCCAUAAACAAGACCAAGCUAACUGUGUACUCGAUUGUGCAAGAGAACCAGACGCUUGCUUUAAACUCUGCCGCUUCCAUUGGUUGCAACAUCACCAACAUUAAGCCCAUGGACAUCAUGGUGGGUCGCCCCCAUGUCAUCCUGGACCUCCUCUGGCAAAUCAUCAAGAUCGGACUGUUCAACAAGAUUUCCCUGCCAAACAGCCUCAACCUGCCUUUUCUUUUGCAGGAGGGUGAGGAUUACUCAAACCUGCUUGCCAUACCUCCUAAAGAGAUUCUCUUACGCUGGUUCAACCUCCAACUGCAUCGAGCUGGCAGUACCAGAACAGUGCACAAUUUCAGCGAAGACAUCAACGACUCUGAGUGCUACACCAUCCUGCUCAACCAGAUUGCUCCCAGGGACAGAGGUGUGGACAUGUCUCCCAUGAAUGAAAGUAAUCUUGACAAGCGUGCAGAGCAGAUGUUGAACCAGGCCCACAAGAUCGGGUGCAGAUACUUUGUCCGACCCAAAGACGUGGUCAAGGGCAAUCAACGCCUGAAUCUCGCCUUUGUUGCCAACCUCUUCAACCAUGCUCCCGGGGUCAGACCACCCCCUCUUGGUCUCUUUGUUGAAGAGCCUCACAUGGAAAAGAGUUUCCGUAACUGGAUGAACUCUGUGGGGGUGACUCCUUUCGUUAACAACAUUUUUGCAGAUCUGAGGGAUGGCAUCGUCAUACUGCAACUAUUUGACAAGAUCUACCCUGGUCUUGUGGUUGACUGGGACAAGGUGAAUAAAUCACCAUUCAAGAUUAGUAGUGGAAACAGAAAGAAACUUGAAAACUGUAACUAUGUUAUUGAACUCGCCCAAAAGCUGCAGUUUGCCAUUACUGGUGUGAGUGGUCAACAUAUUCGUGAGGGCAACCCUACUUUCAUCCUAGCUGUUGCAUGGGAGACAAUGCGUGCGUACACACUCUCGGUGCUCCAGAAGAUGGACAGAACUUACCAGCCCAUGGGUGAUUUGGAUAUCUUGAGCUGGAUCAAUACCCUUCUGGGUAUAUCUGGGAAGGGGACUCAGAAUAUUAGAAGCUUUGAGGACCCAAUUCUUGCCAGUAGUGUAACUAUUCUUGACGUAGUGGCCUCACUCAAGUCUGACUCAGUCGACUAUUUCAAUGUUGGAUAUGGCACUGAUGAAAAGACUAUGCUGAGCAAUGCCAAGUAUGCCAUCUCCAUGUCUCGUAAGAUUGGUGCUCGUGUGUACGCCCUCCCCGAGGAUCUGGUUGAGCCCAACUCCAAGAUGUACUUCACUGUCUUUGCCGGUCUCUUGAUUGCAGCCAGAUUAAUGCUGUGA